AUGUCUCCCGAUGUCCCGCUUGUUUGGUAUAUCAUAACCUUCUCUGUGCAUACAAUUCAAGAACAUAGCAUUAUGCAUUCUAGCGAGACCACUGGCGCUUCUACGCGUUCCUUACACGCCGACGAUGCAUUCAACAUUGUCACAGAUGUUGCUCCUCCAAUUCACGUCUCCACCACAUUCCGUUACUCAGAUGAUCCCUCCCACCUAGUCCCCUACGCUGAUAUCACUUCCCCCGGUGACCCAACCGUCCACGUCUACUCCCGCGCUUCCGCCCCAAACUCCUCCCGCUUCGAAGCAAUCCUCUCCUCCCUCCUCCACGGCCAAACCAUUUCCUACUCCUCAGGCCUCUCAGCCCUCCACGCAGCCCUAACCCUCCUAAACCCACGCCGCAUCUCCGUCGGCGACGGCUACCACGGCUGCCACGGCGUCAUCGCCCUCUUCACCCGCCUCACGGGCCUCCAGAAACUAGAUCUAGACUGUCCAGCGGACGCCCUCGAAAAGGGUGAUGUCAUCCUCCUCGAAACGCCCGUUAACCCCUACGGCACGGCCUUCGAUAUAGCCCACCAUGCCGAGAAAGCCCAUUCCCGUGGUGCGUUCCUUAUCGUCGAUAGUACUUUUGCUCCGCCGGGUUUACAGGAUCCUUUCCUGCAUGGCGCUGAUUUGGUUAUGCAUUCCGGGACGAAGUAUUUCGGAGGUCAUAGUGAUAUGCUCUGUGGUGUUCUUGCUACGAAGCGUGAUGACUGGGCUGAGCAGCUUAAAUCUGAUCGGCUGUUUAUUGGCAAUGUCAUGGGUAAUAUGGAGAGUUGGCUUGGUGUGCGCAGUCUGCGCACCCUUGAAGUCCGUGUCCAGCGUCAGAGUGAUAGUGCUACGAGGCUUGUUGGGUGGUUGGAUGGUUGUCUUCGUGUGAGAGAUCCGGUGGCUGGGAGUGAUGCGGCUGUUGUGCAGGCUGUUCUGAAGGAGAUCUUUCACGCUAGUGUUCAGAGGGUUGAGGGGGAUUGGCUGAAGAAGCAGAUGCCUAAUGGGUUCGGGCCUGUUUUUGCUAUUUCUAUGACUGAGGAGCGCUUUGCGAAGGAGUUGCCUAAGUCCCUCUCGGCACCACUCCCCCUCUCAGAUCUCUUCAAUCAACUCGAGAAACACUACCCCGGGAUUGUGGAGAAAGUCUUGUCCAGUUGUGGAGUGAGUCUCAAUGGCGAAUAUGUUGAUGUGAAGGAAGACGUGGACGUUGUUAUUCUCCCUGGGGCCGAGGUUGCUAUUAUUCCGCCUGUUAGUUCGGGAUAG